CUCAAAAUGUAUUAGCAGUGUGUAAUUUUAACAUGGAAUUUACUUAUGUUUACGCAGGUUGGGGGGGACAAGCUCAUGAUACUCGUAUUUUCUAUGAAGCCCUCAGAAGAUUUGAUGUACGAUUUCCUCAUCCUCCUCCAGGUAAAUAUUAUUUAGUAGAUGCCGGAUAUCCAAAUCAAACAGGUUAUUUGGGGCCAUACAAAGAAGGUAGAUAUCAUUUGCUAGAAUUUCGACAAGGUCCUGCACCUUCAGGUUAUCGGGAGAUAUUCAACCGUCAUCAUUCAUCGCUAAGAUCAGAAAUUGAGCGGGCCUUUGGUGUAUUGAAGAAGAAGUGGAAGAUUCUAAAGCAUAUGCCAAGUUAUCCAUUUGAGAAGCAAGUGAAAAUUGUUAUAGCAGCAAUGACCUUGCACAAUUAUAUACGAAAAAACGCCGUCAGUGAUAAACAUUUUGCAAGAGCAGAUUUGGAUCCCAAUUAUGGAUAUUCAAUUGAUCUUGAUUAUGUGAAUGACGAGACUAGUGCUUCAAAUGAUAAUUUAUUUUCUGACAUGACACGUUUACGUGAUCAAAUAGCCAUGAGUUUACUAAAUACUUAA